UAACCUGCAAUUCUCUUGACGUUGAUCCAUGUCUCCAUGAUAUGCGCCGUGGUAAUGCGAAAUUAAAGCCACAACCACGUUCGAAUCCACAUUCUCCAUUUUCUUCUAGUGCAGCUCAGCGUUGAGAGGAGGGCGGCGCUAUGGGAGGCGGGAAGGACAGUCAUGACCCCUCAGGCACGGACAAAGGGUAUCACGGAGGGUAUCCAAGUGGAUAUGGCCAGUACCCUGUCGGUUAUCCUGCUCCGCCGGGUGUGUAUCCUCCCGGACAAGGGUAUCCGGUCCCACCUGGUGGGUACCCGCCUUCGGGUGGGUACCCUCAACCUGGCGGAUACCCGCCGUCACAUGGCGCGUACCCUCCAGGAGCAUAUCCUCCGAGCGGGUAUCCCCAUCAACCUACCUACCCACCAGCAGGUUACCCUGGUCAUGGUCCACCAAUGCCUGGUCAUGGUGCUAUGUAUGGAGGAGGCCACGGUGCAGGGGGCUCUGCUGGGUACGGCGCGGUGAUCGCCGGAGGUGCCGCGGCGGCGGCUGCAGCCUAUGGAGCUCACAAGAUGUCCCAGGGCCACGGAGGUGUCCACGGGAUGUACGGCCACCACGGCAAGUUCAAGCAUGGCAAGUUCAAGCACGGCAAGUUUGGCAAGCACAAGAAGAUGUUCGGUAAGCACAAGAAGAUGUUCGGGCGCAAGUGGAAGUGAAAAAAGGGUAAAACUAAACCGCAGCUAUAUAUAUAGCAACGCCUUGAGAUUUUGGACCGCUAGAAUAUUAAAGUUCGACACUAUGUUACUUUGAAUACGGAAAGUGGCUCCCUAAUCAUUAUAUAAUAGUGGUUAGUGUAUUGGAAGUACUGCUGCAUGUAAGAAUUUUUUUGUUUUGUUUUGAUGUUGGAUCUCAUUUUGCUACAAGGAAACCUCGAAGUUUCAGAGUUUGACCAAAGG